CGAGAUAUUUGAUUCAUUUAUGGCACUAUAUUGGUACAGUGGAAAAUAUUAUUUUCCAAUAAUUAAUUAUUAUUUUUUAUUUAUUAGUAUAAAGGAAUUAUCCUAUAAUUCAGUUAACAGUAACUAACUGCUGGCAGUCCUAAUUCCCAUGAACCCACUCUACUUGUACAAUUUCAACUUGUAAAGCAUGAUAUGGCAGUUGAAGCAGGGGAAGGACGAUUUCCUAGACACUGCCUUUAUGUUUCAAUCUCUUAUAUAAACCUUUAAUUAAAAGACAAUUAAUUAAUUAAUCAAUUAAUUUCUUUGUAAAUUAAAAUGGUCCAUUUAAAACAAAUAUGGGUUGAUCAAUCCCAUGGGAAAUUGAUGAUCUUACAGUAAAUUUAUCACAAGUUCAGAAAAAAAAAAAAAAAAAAAACUAACAGCUAGUCUUAUUCAUGCUAAAAUGAUUGCCAACUUCCAAUCUACAAGAAGAUACUCAUAUGUGCCUACUGUUUAUUUAACCCCUUCAGGACUACUUACCAAUUAAUGCCUCCAUCAAGCCAUACAUAUAGUGAAGUGAGAGACUGAAAAUGGAGGCUUGGAGUUGGAGAAAAUUGCUUCUUUGGUUGAUGAUGGUGGCGAUCAUGUCACUCAAUGCAGAUUGCAGAAAGCCAGUCUUGCAUAGAGUUGGGGGAGGAAAAUAUACUUGGAGACCCAAUACCAACUUCACAGAAUGGGCGAGUCAUGAAAAUUUCUAUGUUGGUGAUUGGCUAUAUUUUGGGUUUAAUAGAAGCUGCUAUAACGUGCUGGAGGUGAACAGGACAAGCUACGACAAGUGCAUUGACAAAGGUUUCGUGACAAAUAUUACAAGGGGGGGACGUGAUGUGUUUAAUCUUACAAAUGCAAAGCCAUAUUAUUUUCUUAGCAGUGGUGGCUACUGCUUCAAGGGAAUGAAACUUGCAGUCUAUGUUCAGUUUGCUCCACCUGAUCCGGUUACAACUCCAUCGUCACUCAAAAACGGUUCUCCAAUAUCAAACACUUAUGCCCAGAUCAUCAUCCUUUUUCCUGUGCUUAUCUAUGCUGCUGCAGUCUCCAGCUUCCUCUUUAAGUACAUGUAAAUCUAGGGUUUUAUCAUAGUAUUAUCACACUAUAUAUGCUCUCAUUUUCCAUAGGAUUACGGAACGUUUUGUUAGUAAUUAUUUUCAGUUUUACGUUGUACUUUUAACUUGAGUAAGUUGUAUUCGACUACCAAUUCCUUAUAA